AUGGGAACGCUGGUUGACAAAAUUCACAAUCAUGUCGAGUCAGUCAUCGAUGCCAAGGCGGAGGCGGAGUUGAUCAUUAAUAGAGCUGAAUCGGUAGCCACUUUAGACACAAAUUCGCCUACCACGAGUCUGUUGUCUCCAGUUGGCACUACGGUUAGCAGUCCGUCCGUAGAUAGCAUUUACAGAAUACCUCAUUUUGACGGGCAGCAUGAGGAAUGGCCGAAUUUCGCGAACACGUUUCAAUCGGUGAUAGGAGAUAAUCCCGCUCUUCGAGAAAUACAAAAAUUUACAUAUUGGAAAUCAUGCUUAUCGGGACCAGCCGCGGAGAAAAUAAGAGUUCUGGAAAUUACCGCAAAUAAUUAUCCGAUUGCGCGGAAGACCUUAGUCGAGUGCUAUGACAAUCCUGAAUUUCCCUCGUCUUUAAUUGCUGCGUCCGAUGCGCUGAGUGCAAAUUAUAGGGCUUUAGUAGCGACUAAAAAAGUGUUUGUCGAUCAAUUUGCUAUUGCCGCACAUCUUUCGCGAGUGGAUCCAGCAACACGGCUUCAAURGGAACAACGGUAUUCCCGAGAUGCUUUACCGACGGUAGACGAAUUUGUGAUAUUUUUGCGCGAUCGGGGAAAUGCGCUAGUAAGCUCCCAGCCGGCAGAACAUUCUAAAAGGAUUAACAAUAGCAGAAGGAACGCGCCAUUAGGACCCGAGAGGAAUUUUCGCUCAAGGAACUUGAUGUGUAACGAGCCGCGGUUUAAUUCUCCGCGAAAUUGGCCGCGAAUUUCCAACCGAAGACAAGUUCAAGCGUAUUCCACAAGCGCGACUGUCUCGUGUGGCAUAUGUCGCGAAAGGUAUAACACAUCGGAGUGUGAGCAGCUACUGAGAGCCGAGCCCGAGGAGCGCAGAAGAAUCGUGGUUAAAGCCAAUUUGUGUUGUAAUUGUUUACAAGCUGGUCACCGCGUCUACACAUGUAUUAGGAAUGACUACUGCAGAAAGUGCAAGGGCAGGCAUCAUGAGUUGUUACAUGUGAGAGAGGCUGUUGCAGAAAAUGCAACGGCGGGCAUCACGUUUGGACGGCAUCGGCGGUGCAGAAUGCACAUGUAG